AUGGCAGAGUUGAAGCCGGAGCCAGCGCAUACUAGUAUCUGGCCCAACUAUGGCGGUCCAACAAUGCCGUUGCCAACUCGCUUUCCCAACACUAUGGAAUCCGCCAUGCCGCACUCGUCGGCCGCGUCAUCGCAACAGCAACAUUAUCAAGACCGGAGGAGUAGUAGCCACCCAGCCGUAGAACACCAGCAUCCAUACCAGAGAUAUGCCCAGGAGGAACCCGAUGCUUUCGAUAGACACCCGCAUUCGUCCUUGACACAACACCACAGUUUCCCCAACCUAAAGCGGCCGUACCAACAAAACGACCACCCUCCGUACCAGGAGAUCGUCCAGGACCUCCGAGACGAUGGCUCCAAGCUCACAGUCAACCAUGACCACAAGCUGCUUUCCUUCCGAAGGGUCCAGGACAAGCACACCAUCGUCGACCAGCACAGCCGUGUGCACCAGCUGGAGCUUUCGGCGCAACUUCACGGCAUGUUCUUCCUCUCCGAGAUGCCCUCGAGCGGCAACGAUGGGUCCAUCCUGCAACCAGAGCUUACCUGCUACCGGCGCAACCUGUUUCAAAUUAGUGGCUCCCUGAUAACGCCCCGAGGGCAGCUGUCGGUUGUGCUGGCCGAGACGGGAGAGACGGUGCCAGUGAGCAGCACCGAAGUAACCAUUUCGGCAAUCGAGUCGGUUGACGGACACCCUGUGCGACUCAUCGUGAUUCCGUGGAAAACGCCACCGCCAAACUCCCCAGAAAUGCCCCAAAGCCCAGACCAAGAGCCGCCUUCACUACCCCUAAUCCCCUUCCAGGACGACGGAGCCGAGGCAGAAGGCGAAUAUGCCGUGUACCCCAUCGGCUGGCGGCGGCUGCAGUUCAGAAUUGCGACCGCCAACAAUGGCCGACGAAAGGAACUUCAGCAGCACUUUGUACUUCACUUGAAGGUUGUCGGGACAUUGGCAAACGGAUCCAAAGUGGUGUUGACGGAAGCCCAAACCGCACCGAUUGUGGUUCGGGGUCGGAGUCCUAGGAACUUCCAAGCGCGCAAGGAAAUCCCCCUGCUGGGCUCAAGCGCGGGAUCAAGAGGGCAAGCUCUCGUGGAAACAGGACUCGGAAUUGUCGCUGGACCGUUGGCGGUCAAGCCCCAAGACUCCAAGCUGAGGGGGUUGAACCUCGAGCUCCCACGAACGGCUUUCACUUUCAACGCCUCCAAGUUACCGGGCAGUCCGAUGGCGAUGAGGUCCACUUCUUACCCGAAUUGGAGCCCACCUGGUCAGCUUCCCAUGUCGCAGAUGUCGACGUCCACAACAACAAGCUACCCGACGUCGAGCAUGGCCGCAGAUUCUUACCAGAAAAUGCCACUUUCAGGAAACUCCAACUACACGGCCGAGCCCCAAGAGAUGCCGAUUCCAACUUCCAUGCCAUCGGUACAACUCUCCUUGGUGGGCAACGAGCAGCAACCGGCGAUACGAACGCAGUAUGCCUACGUCCAAGGCACGUCCGCUCCACCGCAGAUGUCGGUAUCUGCCACCUCAGUCGGCAGCGGAUCCGACCACAAUUUGAACGUGCCGCGAUACGUGGACAGCAACCCAAGGCCGUCGAAAAGCCCUCGACAUAACAGCCACCCGUCUGUGCACAGCAGCAGCUCGGUGACGAAUAAUGACACCUCCGAAUACCGCUACGGGACGUCGUACGUCCCUGUUAAUAGUAAUAACCACAACGAGAUGAGCUCCUCAACCUACAGCGGGGCCGACAGCGGCUCAGCCGCACAUUCGCAACCUCCGCCCCCUCGCGACUACUACCCGCCGACCAACUCAUGGACUACCACCGCCGGCGAGCCGGGUGCCACGUACCACAGCUCAGAAAGCAGGCCGUACGGCUAUCCCGAGCAAUACAAGUCCAGCCACAGCAUGCCUCCCCUGAAAGGCGAGCACUCGCAAGCUGCAGGGGGUUACGCCAACACAUUGAACCAUUACAACUGGAACCCGACAUGA